GUUUCUUUCUGCAGAUUCCUCUCUGUUUCGCUGCUUUAGGUCGCCCGCCCCAUUUUAUUUUCUUGUUCAAAAGAUUUUGUGUUAAUGGCAUUAACUCAUUUUUUUGGGUCUUGAUUUGUUGCUUCGUUUUUGUUCUUGAGGUCUUCUGGUUUUUUUUUUUUUGCUUUAAUUCUGUAAUCUUUAUGGAUUUCUUGCUUUGCGAUUUUGCCUGGUUCUUUGAUUCGGAUUGUUAGGGAUAUGGAAUCCCUUUCUUCCAGUUUAUUGUUCCGGAUGACUCGCUCCUUACCUCUUCUUUAAUCUGGGCCUCGUUAUUAUUGAGAGGAUUUUCCCCCUUAAAAAGCUCAAAGCAGCUUCCUUUAUUUUCACAAACCAUUGUAUGUGAUUUUGGGGGCGGGUGUAGGGGUUCUGCAAAUCCUUCUCUUUCUGUUUGUCUAUUUUUGAUCUAUCAUGUUUUUUGAGCCUUUAGUUGGUGUUUGGUGAAUUAAGCUCCUCUUUGGUCGGUCUGCACUUCUGUGGUUCUUCCGUUUCAUGUUACUCUCUUGAUUACAUGGAUCCCUUCUUGUCCUUCUGUAAAUGGAAGUUCUUUCUUCGUUUUCUUGAUAAUGUGGUUUUUGACGAUAUGAUGGAUCUUUCUAAUACUCUGUAUCUGGUUUGUCGAACGAUAUAGAUGGAUGGAAGCGAGAUCAGGCGCUGGGACGAACUAAUACCAGAUGCGCUUGGAUUAAUCUUCAGCAAUCUCUCUCUUAAGGACAAAUUAACUCUGAUUCCGACGAUUUGCAAAUCAUGGAGGAAAGCAGUAAUGGGGCCUUACUGCUGGCAAGAGAUCGACAUUGAGGAGUGGAGCUGCCGGCGCCAGCCUGAGGAGCUGGAUCGAAUGCUUCAAAUGCUGAUCACAAGAAGCUCUGGUUCUCCCCGAAAGCUCUGUGUUUCUGAUCUACCCAACGACACAAUAUUCUCCUACGUCGCAGACCAUGCAAGUUCCCUUCAGACCUUGCAGCUGCCCGGAAGCAAAAUUAGUGAUUCAAUAGUGGAACAUCUUGCGGGGAAAAUGGCUACCAUCACUCUCUUGGACCUUACCUACUGUGGUAAGAUUGGUGCCCGUGCUCUGGAAGCAUUUGGCAAGAACUGCAAAUUCCUUGUAACCUUGAGAAGGAAUAUGCACCCAUCGGAUGUGGAUGUUGGGAACAGGGGUUGCCAGGACAAUGAAGCCCACGCCAUUGCAACCACAAUGCCCAAGCUCAAGCACCUUGAGAUAGCCUACAUGGUCAUCACAACUGAAGGGAUCCUUGACAUUCUCUCUGGUUGCCGAGAACUCGAAUCCUUGGACGUGAGAGGUUGCUGGGAUGUGAAACUUGAUGACAAGUUCUUAGAUGAGAAGUGCUCUGGGUUGAAGGUUCUGGGCCCUUCAGUCAUGGAUAAUUACUACCGGAAUUACUACGAUGAUUUAUCCGAUUACUCGGAUUCUUCGGGUUACUCUGCCUGGAUGUUUAGUACUCAUCUGUAUGAUGGUGAGAGCUCUGAUGGGGUUUGGGAUGAUGAGCAGAGGCUUGAGGAGCUGGAGCUGAGGUUCUAUGAAGGGUUUGAUGAGGAAGACGAUGAUGAUUUUGGGGAGUUUGAGUAGUCUCUGUAUCCGUUACUUUCAGGUUGUAAGAGUGUUUGAUGUUUGGGUCUGGAAACUGGAUCAAUAGGUUUUAAUUGAGCUUUUUACUGGUGUUGUUACUACUGUUUUGGAUGCCACCCUUGGCAUGGAAGGUUUCUUAGGCUUUGGGGAUUUGUAUAUGGUUCCUAGAACAGUGAAAGUUGUGGGGUUUGUAUCUUUUUUUUCAUUCCUUGAAAAACAAUGACAACGCCCAUUUUCCUUUCUCCA